GUUUAAGUUAAUGACACCAAGAGAAGAUCACGCCUAACUUGCUAGGAUAAACAUGAUUUCUUUUUAUUUCAACGUCCUUUAUUUUCUUAUUUUCAGCAUUUGACGCAGUUAGAAUUGUACCUUUUCAUGGCGUUUACUCAGCUUGCCCUGUUCCUCUUUAGUAAAACGGCUGGCUAUCGACACGAAUCAAUUCCUGCGGGCAUUGAGGGCAUCCGACGUCUUGGCGUCACAUCUAAUGCGUCCACCGUAGACUCCUCGGAAGAUGCAUCUCUCAUCAGCGUCCAAAACCUAUCCCGAUACGCAGUCGUCAUAUUCUUGCAGACUAGCGGUGACCUUCUCAACGAUGAACAAUUAGCCGGAUUGCAAAGCUACGUGAGAGCCGGGGGAGGGUUCGUAGGGGUUCACUGUGCCGCAGCUGGGAUGACGAGAGAACCGUGGUACGGAGAACUCAUCGGUGCCGUCUUUACUGAUCAUCCGGAGCCACAGCUCGGCGUCCUAACUAUUGAAAAAAAAAAAUACAAUGUUAUCGUCUCCGACUUACCAGAGAAGUGGGAGUGGUUUGACGAAUGGUACAACUUCGAUGCAAACCCCCGCGCGAAGGUUACCGUGAUACUAUCUAUCAAUGAAGAGACUUAACUCCUUUUACACAUCCCUAGGUCACUUCGGGGACGCGUAUUCGGAUCAGAACUUCAUAGGCCAUUUACUAAAUGGUAUGUUAUGGGCAACAUAUGUGUCAUAGUCUUACUCGGA